AUGAAGCCAGCGAGGACUAAGACACCCAGGAAACCACCAGUGAAAAAAGGAUCCCAAACGAGUCUUAAAGACCCAGUUGGGGUGUACUGCAGGGUACGCCCACUGAGCCUUCCUGAGCAAGAGUGUUGCAUAGAAGUAAUCAAUAAUACCACAGUUCAGCUUCAUACUCCUGAGGGUUACAGACUGAACAGAAAUGGAGACUAUAAGGAGACUCAGUAUUCGUUUAAACAAGUAUUUGGCACUCAUACCACCCAAAAGGAGCUCUUUGAUGUUGUGGCUAAUCCCUUGGUAGAUGACCUCAUUCAUGGCAAAAAUGGUCUCCUUUUUACAUAUGGUGUGACGGGAAGCGGAAAAACUCACACUAUGACUGGUUCUCCAGGGGAAGGAGGGCUGCUUCCUCGCUGUUUGGACAUGCUCUUUAACAGUAUAGGGUCAUUUCAAGCUAAACGAUACGUUUUUAAAUCUAAUGAUAGGAAUAGUAUGGAUAUACAAUGUGAAGUUGAUGCUUUAUUAGAACGGCAGAAAAGAGAAGCCACACCCAAUCCAAAGACCCCCUCUAGCAAACGACAAGUAGAUCCAGAGUUUGCAGAUAUGAUAAAUGUACAAGAAUUUUGCAAAGCAGAAGAGGUUGAUGAAGAUAGUGUCUAUGGUGUAUUUGUCUCUUAUAUUGAAAUAUAUAAUAAUUACAUAUAUGAUCUACUGGAAGAGAUGCCGUUUGAUCCCAUAAAGCCUAAGUGGAACAGUUGCAGCACACCCAUGAGGAACACAGAUUUUGUACCUCCACAAUCUAAACUGCUUCGUGAAGACAAGAACCAUAACAUGUACGUUGCAGGAUGUACGGAAGUAGAAGUGAAAUCUACUGAGGAGGCUUUUGAAGUUUUCUGGAGAGGCCAGAAAAAGCGACGAAUUGCUAACACACACUUGAAUCACGAGUCCAGCCGUUCCCAUAGUGUGUUCAACAUUAAAUUAGUUCAGGCUCCCUUGGAUGCAGAUGGAGACAACGUCUUACAGGAAAAAGAACAAAUCACUAUUAGCCAGUUGUCUUUGGUAGAUCUUGCUGGAAGUGAAAGAACUAACCGGACAAAGGCAGAAGGGAACCGAUUACGUGAAGCUGGUAACAUUAACCAGUCACUUAUGACACUGCGGACAUGCAUGGAGGUCCUGAGAGAGAACCAGACUUACGGCACCAACAAGAUGGUUCCAUAUCGAGAUUCAAAGUUAACCCAUCUGUUCAAGAACUAUUUUGACGGGGAAGGGAAAGUACGCCUGAUUGUGUGUGUGAAUCCAAAGGCCGAAGAUUAUGAAGAAAGCUUGCAAGUAAUGAGAUUUGCAGAAGUGACCCAAGAAGUUGAAGUAGCAAGACCAACAGACAAGGCCAUAUGCGGUUUAACACCGGGGAGGCGAUACAGAAACCAGGCCCGGGCAGGUCCUGUUGGAGACGAACCGCUGGUUUCAGAAGUGGUUUUACAAAGUUUCCCACCUUUGCCAUCCUGCGAACUUCUGGAUGUCAAUGAUGAGCAGACUCUUCCCAGGCUGAUUGAAGCAUUAGAGAGACGACAUCACCUACGACAAAUGAUGAUUGAUGAGUUUAACAAGCAGUCUAUUAAUUUUAAGGCUUUGUUGCAAGAAUUUGACAAUGCUGUUUUAAAUAAAGAAAACUAUAUUCAAGGAAAACUAAAUGAAAAAGAAAAGGUGAUCUCAGGACAGAAACUGGAAAUAGAACGACUGGAGAAGAAAAACAAAACUUUAGAAUAUAAGGUUGAGAUUUUAGAGAAAACAACGACCAUCUAUGAGGAAGAUAAGCGAAAUCUGCAACAGGAGCUUGAAACCCAGAAUCAAAAACUUCAGCGACAGUUUUCUGACAAACGUAGACUAGAAGCCAGGCUGCAAGGCAUGGUGACAGAAACAACCAUGAAGUGGGAGAAAGAAUGCGAGCGUCGAGUGGCAGCCAAACAGCUGGAGAUGCAAAAUAAACUCUGGGUGAAAGACGAGAAGCUGAAACAGCUGAAGGCGAUCGUCACUGAGCCCAAAGCUGAAAAGCCAGAGAGACCCUCUCGGGAGCGGGAUCGCGAAAAAGUUACCCAAAGAUCUGUUUCUCCAUCACCUGUACCUCUUUCUAGUAACUAUAUUGCUCAGAUUUCCAACGGCCAGCAACUCAUGAGUCAACAGCUACAUAGGCGCUCUAACUCUUGCAGCAGCAUUUCUGUAGCUUCCUGUAUUUCGGAAUGGGAGCAGAAAAUUCCUCCGUACAACACACCUCUCAAUGUCACAUCUAUUGCGAGGCGUAGGCAGCAGGAGCCAGGACAAAGUAAAACUUGUAUCGUGUCAGACAGAAGGCGAGGGAUGUACUGGAAUGAAGGCAGGGAGGUGGUUCCUUCGUUCAGAAAUGAGCUAGGAGUAGAAGAGGAUCGCUGCAGCAGGAACGCACCACCAAUUCGUCUGCGACACAGACGCUCACGCUCUGCGGGAGACAGAUGGGUAGACCAUAAGCCUGCCACUAACCUGCAAACUGAGACAGUCAUGCAGCCACAUGUGCCCCGCGCCAUCACUGUGUCUGUUGCGAAUGAAAAGGCGCUAGCUAAGUGUGAAAAGUACAUGCUGACACACCAGGAGCUAGCCUCCGAUGGGGAGGUUGAGACUAAGCUAAUUAAGGGUGAUGUUUAUAAAACAAGGGGUGGAGGACAGUCCGUCCAGUUUACUGAAAUAGAGACGUUAAAACAAGAAUCACCAACUAGUCGAAAACGAAGAUCGUCUACAGUAGUACCUGCCCAACCAGAUGGAACAGAGUCUGAAUGGACGGAUGUAGAAACAAGGUGCUCCGUGGCUGUAGAGAUGAGAGCAGGCUCUCAGCUGGGGCCUGGGUACCAGCAUCACGCACAACCCAAGCGCAAGAAGCCAUGA